AUGACCUUUCAAGGCUAUCCAGUCUUAGGCCUCCUAGUUCUUCUUGGCUUAUUGACUAAUGGCAUUGCUGUUACACCAAGCUAUGACACUGCUUCACUCAACCGGACCAGUUUUCCCAGAGGUUUUAUUUUUGGGACAGCGGCGGCGGCUUAUCAGUAUGAGGGUGCAGUAAAUGAAGGUGGUAGAGGACCAAGUGGAUGGGACACUUUCACUCAUACAUAUCCAGGUAAGAUAAAGGAUGGAAGCAAUGGAGACAUAGCCGUUGAUCAAUAUCAUCGCUACAAGGAAGAUGUUCGGAUUAUGAAAAAUAUGGGCUUAGAUGCAUACAGAUUCUCAAUCUCAUGGUCUCGAGUACUACCAAAAGGAAAACUAUCUGGAGGUGUGAAUAGGGAAGGAAUCAAAUACUACAACAAACUAAUCAAUAAGCUCCUAGAUAGAGGUAUACUGCCUUUUGUGACCCUCUUUCACUGGGAUCUUCCCCAAACACUAGAAGAUGAGUAUGGUGGUUUUUUGAGUCCUCAUAUUAUGGAUGAUUUUCAGGAUUAUGCUGAGCUUUGCUUUAAAGAAUUUGGUGAUCGUGUAAAGCAUUGGAUCACAUUAAAUGAACCAUUAAGCUACGUCAGUCAAGGUUUUGUUAGGGGCCAAUCACCACCAGGUCGGUGUUCUAGUUGGCAGCAGUUAAAUUGCACCGGUGGAGAUUCUGGGACAGAGCCGUAUUUGGCGGCACAUAAUCAGCUUCUUGCUCAUGCAUUGGCUGUCAAAGUGUACAAGCAAAAGUAUCAGGAAGUACAGAAAGGCAUUAUAGGUAUAUCCCUAAAUACAAAUUGGUAUGUGCCAUUCUCUAACUCGAGGCACGACCGUGAUGCUGCGCUAAGAGCCCUUGAUUUCAAGUUUGGAUGGUUUAUGGAUCCCCUAACCAAUGGUGACUAUCCACAUAGCAUGCGAUCUCUUGUUGGCAACCGAUUACCCAAAUUUACAAAAGAGCAAUCCAAGCUAGUAAAAGGGUCAUUGGAUUUUCUAGGACUGAACUACUAUACUGCUAAUUAUGCAGCCAAUUCACAUCACUCCAAUGCUGAAAAUGCAAGCAGCUACUUGACAGAUUUUCGAGCUAAUCUUACUACUGAGCACAAUGAGAUCCCCAUCGGUCCAAAGGCUGCUUCAGAUUGGCUCCAUCUCUAUCCAAGAGGAUUUCGAAAGAUUCUAUUAUAUGCAAAGAAAAAGUACCAUGACCCAUUAAUUUUUAUUACCGAGAAUGGAACUGAUGAGCUCAACAAUGCUACAUUGCCGCUUAAGGAAGCUCUUGCAGACAACUAUAGAAUUGAUUAUCACUAUCUCCAUUUUCAGUAUCUUCUUAAGGCUAUCAAGGAUGGUGUUACCGUGAAGGGAUAUUUUGCAUGGUCAUUAUUGGACAACUUUGAAUGGAGUUCUGGUUUUACCGUUCGGUUUGGCAUCAACUAUGUAGACUACAAAAAUGGGUUGAAAAGGUAUCCCAAAUUUUCUGCCCAUUGGUUUAAGAAAUUCCUUAAGGAAUAA